AUGUCCGACCCAAAGAUGAAGACUGAGCACGAUGAAAUCGCCCCCGAGCCCUCAAUGCUCGGGGAAGUCCAGAGCCACCCCGGCAUGGCGCACGACGAUGUCUUUGGUGAGAUGUCGGAGGGCGGUCCCAACUACCGUGAUGUUGGAUGGCUCGGAACUGUCGCUCUCAUGAUGAAGACCCAGAUCGGUCUGGGUGUCCUCUCGAUCCCCUCAGCCUACGACACUCUAGGGCUCAUCCCCGGGCUGAUCUGUAUGUUGACCAUCGCCGUGAUCACGACAUGGUCCGACUACAUGAUCGGUGUCUUCAAGCUGAACCAUCGCGAGGUCUACUCGAUCGCUGACGCUGGAGGGCUCAUGUUUGGCCGUGCCGGACGUACCUUUUUAGGCUCUACCUUUGUCCUCUACUGGAUCUUUGUUGCAGGCUCUGGAAUGCUGAGUCUGUCCAUCGGACUCAACGCCGUCUCAACCCAUGGAGCCUGCACCGCCGUCUUCGUCGCCGUCGCCGCCAUCAUCGGCCUCCUCUUUGGCAGUAUCCGCACCCUCGGCAGACUGAGCUUCCUUGCCUGGAUUGGACUAAUCUGUAUCCUGAUAGCCGUCUUCACCGUGACAAUCGCCGUAGGCGUGCAGGAACGUCCAGCAGCCGCACCACAGAGCGACGGGCCCUGGGAAUCAGACUACAAACUCUUCGGCAAUCCCUCGUUCACGGAGGCCAUUACGGCCGUCUCGUCCCUGAUCUUCGCCUACUGCGGAACGCCGGCCUUCUUCGCGAUCGUUUCCGAAAUGCGUGACCCCAGAUACUAUACUCGCUCCUUGCUCUUCUGCCAGGGCAGCGUUACUGCUAUCUACAUCGUGAUCGGGACUGUUAUCUACUACUACUGUGGAUCUUACGUCGCCUCGCCGGCGUUGGGGUCUGCCGGUGUGUUGGUCAAGAAGGUUGCUUAUGGCUUUUCUCUGCCUGGGUUGAUGGUUACGACCAUGCUUGUUGUCCAUCUCCCUGCAAAGAUCAUCUUCAUCCGCAUCCUGCGCGGGUCCAAACAUCUCGCCUCAAACUCCCCCAUCCACUGGCUCACCUGGCUCGGAUGCACAUUCAGCAUAACGCUAAUCGCCUACAUCAUCGCCAGCGCGAUCCCCGUCUUCGACAGCCUGGUGUCCCUCAUCGGCGCGCUACUGGGCACGCUCAUGUCCUUCCAGCCGAUGGGGUGCAUGUGGCUGUACGAUAACUGGAAACAGGGCAAGGUGGAGAAGAGUCCGCGGUGGAUUGCGAUGGUGUGCUGGAGUGUGUUUGUUGUGCUUAUUGGGACGUUUUGUAUGGUUGCGGGGACGUAUGGGAGUGUUGUUGGCGUGGUGGAUAGUUAUAAGGCGAGUGGAGGGAGUUCGGCGUGGUCUUGUGCUGAUAAUUCGAAUUCUGUUUAG